UCGCUCUUACCAUUUUUGCAUAUGAAAGGAGCGGCAAGAAACAGAGGGUAGUGAAUUGUGUUAGUCAGGUCUGGCGUCAGGAAGAAACGGCAAGCGGAUGGUGGAAGUGAUAUGUAUUCGAUGAGAGGCCUUGGAGAUGACGAACCAUGGUCGCAGGUACAGCAGGCGGUUGAUGCCAGUGCCGCUAAACUCGGGUCAGCGCGAUCUGGCCCGAGCUUCAAAUAAUCGCGUUUCGUGAAGACGUCACUGCCUGGUUGCCUAGUUUCACUUUUCUGCAUACCUCAACCUCGGAUCACGUUCAUUAUCACCAUGGCCAGCUCCAGUGGGACUCACAACCCUGCGCGGCCAAAGCGCGCUGGCGAGCAGUUCACGCGAACCCACCACAUGGACGGCGACGAACCAUCGACCAAGAAACCCCGCUUCGACCCGCGCAACCCCUCUACGCUCGCUCCGGAUGCAGUCGAUGAUGAAGACCCUGCCCUUGAAGCCGACGUUAUAGGGAAAGGCGCGGGCAUCAAGCGAAAUGCGGUCAACAUCGACGGCUACGACUCGGACAGCUCUACGGAGAACUUCGAUGCGCGCGCAGAAGCCCGAGCCAACAAAGACGAGCCAACAAAGACCGAAGAUGACGAUGACGACGACAUGUUCGCGGAGGAGGACAAGGAUAACGAGAUGGAUGAGGAAUCACGGAGAGACCAGACAAAAAAGAAGAAGCUGCGAUUCCUGGACAACCACGAGAUCGAGGGCCAGGAAGCGGACAGUAAGGCGGGAGGUCAUGUCGCUGUCGACUUCACCAAAGGUCCGAAGAGCAGGACCGAAGACGUAGAGAGCAGCAGCGACGAAGGCGAUGACGAGCUACGCGACCAGAUCGAUCCCGACAUGGAUGAGGAGCUCGGUGCAGGCAGCAAGAAGAAGCAUGCGCCCAAGCUAGAUGCUUUCAACAUGAGUGCCGAGCAAGAAGAGGGCCGAUUUGACGAAGCCGGAAAUUUCGUGCGCAAGGCCUUCGACCCGGAAGCCGCUCAAGACUCGUGGUUGGACGGCAUAUCGAAGAAGGACAUCAAGAAGGCAAAGGAAGCGCAGGAAAAAUUGGAUGCGGAGCGAAAGGCACGGGAACGAGCUGAAGACUCCAUCGUCACCAGCGACGUCUUGUCGGCUCUCAUCGCACAUCUGGACGUUGGCGAGACGCCUAUGGAAGCUCUCGUGCGAUAUGGCAAAGCAGCACCGAAGAAGCCGGCCAAAAGCUGGACUAAGAAGAAGAAGAGCCAGGCUAUGGACGUCGAUUCGGAGCCGUCGCAAGACUCUGCAGCCAUCAAGGCAAAAGAGGUCAUCGAUUCUAUAACCGAAUGUGCAAGUCGGCUGUCCGAUCGCGGCGUCGAGGACAUCUACGAGCUGCCCCGCGAAUCCAUCAUGCGACAAUACAAGCGCGAGACGGGAGAAGAUUGGAAGAAUCCAAAUCCGCAAUCAGUGCAAUGGGAGUUUCACUGGCUCAAUGCACCAGAAGGUGAGAUCAACGGCCCCUAUGACCAAGCGACCAUGCAAGCAUGGGAGGCGAGCGGGCAGUUUGCAGCAGGUGCCGAGUUCCGACGCAUUGGUGAGACUGAAUUCUCGCGACUGCUCGACUUUGAGGACUGAACGGGUAUGCAAUGGACGUGGGAAGAGGCACGUUGUCCUGAGCUAUACCCUUGCCCAAACCAACUCUAGGGAUAUACACGUUAUUCCACGGUACAUUCGACAAGGAAAGUGACAGUGUAUACCUUUAGGGUGUGGUAUAGGUGGGUACAGGUCACAAGAAGCGAGCUCCUUCGCCAGCACAGCCACCAUGACUUUCGCCUGUCGCGUAAUCGUCAGCAGAAGGGUGACAAGUCGCUCUAGAGUGUUCUCUAGCCA